AUGUUUUCAUCAGCCAAGAAGAAGAGUUACUCCUCUGUUCCAUCUGAAGAAGAUAUCCAAGAAGACGAUGAUGAUGCCAGCGUCCAAGAUGACUUGGAACACUCCAGAGGUGAAACGUCGUCUCCCUCCAGACGACGUCCAAUCCGUCGGAGAGGACCGAGGAUUCACAGAGAAGCUUCUACUUGUGAGUGCUAUACAAUCUUUAUUCUAACAUUGGUCGGAAUUGCUGCUGUGAUGGCCAUUCUCUUCUUUGUCAGCCAAACACCAUGGGGGAGUCGUGUCAUUCCGACAACCAAAAACACUGGCCAAAGUAAUCUUUCGGUGUUUCCACCAGGCAAGGACUUGGACGACUCUACCAUGGAGCAAGUGAAAGAACAAGCCAGCUCAUUGAACAGCAAAAAGAAGCAAACGGUUCACUACGAUCCUGCAGCAUCCCUGCAGUCUGUCAAUCCAUUCGACUUUGCCAAGACCGAUGGCACCGUUUUUACACCACCUUUGUUAUUGCGGCAAGACGAUGCUGCUUUUUCAUCAGAAGAAACAAUUGGAUACCUGACACACCCUCAUGUUGUCAACAAUAACAUUGUCUUUUGCAGCGAAGGAGAUGCCUUUGUCACCACCAUUGGCAAAACUAGCGAGUCGUUGGCAUCAGCAGUCAAAUUGACCAAGACUAUCGGAAAUGUCUUGGAUCCCAAACUUCAUUCUUCCCUUCGGUACCUUGCUUAUACAGCUACCUACACUGGCCAUCGCGAACUAUACUUGAUGGAUUUGGUUCGCCCCCAGAGUGCGGCCAUUCGAUUGACCUAUUGGGAGACGGGUGUUCAUGGUUUGGUCGGAUGGUGGGGCAAUUCCUUGGUAUUUCGGGCCAUGUCUAAUGAGGUCUCGUUGCCCGAUUAUAGACUCUAUGUUUUGCAUCUCAGUAAUUUGGAGGAGGGGGAAGAAAGACGACUGGAGAAUAAUGUCACGGACAGCAGCACCAGUACUGCCCAUGAACAAAUCCCAGAUAGUGACGGGGUGUCGGUCUUGCAGAUUGAUCCUGUUCCCUUGAGUCAAGCCAUUGAUGCCAGUCGCUAUGACUCUUGUUGGUAUUUUGUGCGCUUUUCACAGUCGUCCAAAACUAUGCGAUACGUUGGUGGGACCGCAGAAUCCUUGUGGAAGUAUUGCGAUGGCGAAAGAAAAGCAGCUGCAUUGACUAGUGACUUCAAGGGGACUUCAAAGAGUCCUCAAGUUUACAAUGACAACUACCUGUUCUUCGUAUCCGACCGUGCCUUGAUUGAGGACAAAUGGCAAACCGAUCGGAUGAAUAUCUGGGCCAUGCCACUCCACGGCGACACAUCUCAAUUGAUCCAGAUUACGGAUACCGCUUGCGACUUUGAGGGCCGCACUAUUCGUGAAUAUUCGGUCGAUGCCCAAACUGGAAAUCUGGUGAUUCGCAUUGGUGCGGAUUUGUACUUGAUGGAGAAGGCAGACGUCGACAAAAAGCUGACCGCACGACGCAUGGUUUCAAAUCGACGACUGAACGAAAACAAUACCACUGAACACACCGAGGACGGUGGGGAGAGUGAUGAGGAUGGCGCUCUUCCAGAGGGCUCAACGGGAACUGUAAUAGUUGAUGGUUCUUCAACAUCGACCUUUAGUCCAGUUCCUACAGUGACCGAAGACGACCAAGGCGACGACACCAUAAGUACUGAAAGUCCAAAAGCUGAGUCUGCUGAGACCGUACAGGCGAACAUUACGAUGGAUACAGAAUCCAACGCAACUGCUUUUGGAAUCAACGCAACCAAUGCUACAGAGAAAGAAAUUCCCAAAGUCUACUAUCAAUUCGAUUCACCUGAGCUCGAGUCACGAGAAGAGAAGACCUAUCAAGAUCAUCAUUCUGGAACCGAUGAGCUGAAACGCCUGAAGGUUGUGUUGCACUCGGAUUUUUCCAGUCAUCAAGAGAGACUUCUUCCAGUCAACAUGAAUCGGCACAAGACGUCAAUGGAUGUCUAUAAAACCCCCGUUGGAACUACUCAAGCCAUCAUGACACUUCGAGGUCAGCUUUGGGUGGCUCCAGUAGUGGACGAUGAUGAUGUUUCCGUAUUUCGUGGAGGGGGAAUGAACUUGCCACCAAGACGAUACAGGGUUGCUCCUGGUGCCAUGAUGGGUGGAGUCGUUCGGAUUCUGGCAGUUCGGCAUGUGCCGAAUCCUGUUGAGGACGAUCAAUCAGAUCGACGACUAGCCGCCAUUCUCGCUACCGAUCCUUUGACCGAGACUGCAGAGCACGCAUUCUACCUUAUCGAGACGCAAGCUGGUGUCACGCCAACUUUCUUGGAUAUGGAGCACCUACCAAAGCCUUUCCUAGGGGGGCAUGUUGGAGGAGGAAGCACUCUCGAUGGUGGUCUUGGUAGCGUGAAACCAGGAACUUUUGUUGUGAGUCCUUGUGGACGCAGGAUGGCUUGGUCGGAUACUGAUGGCAGAAUAAUGGUUAUGAAUAUGCCGCAGUAUCAAGAUCUAGAAGAUGGAGACGAACCAAAAUAUCAACAGCUUCCAAAGGAGAAUGAAUUGGGCGAAGCGAUGGUUGGCGACGAGGUAGAAUUGUGCUUCAGUCCUGGAGGACGAUAUUUGGCUGUGGGGCAUAAUGCUCGGAAUCAGUUUACUGUAAUCAGUAUCGUGGACCUAGGAGAUCCAGUUGGCGACGAGGAAGUUUCCGAUAUUGAAGUGGGACGAAUCGUGCAAGCUACUCCAUCGCGAUUCAACUCGAUUUCACCGUACUGGGGAAAGAGCGGUAAAGCUGCAAACGAUGCACUACGUGAUACUACAUUAUCUGCGAUGCUUGGAUCUCCGGCGCCCGAGGACGUUGCAGAUGUUCUCUUCUUUCUUUCUGAUCGGGAUAUUCAAACCGAUGUGACUUCUCCUUGGGGAACUAGACAGCCAAUGCCACACUUUCAGUCGAGUUUUGGUGUAUUUGCACUUCCUAUGGCUGCAGUCAAUGCCACAGGUGGUGAAGGUCAUUUCACAGGUGGUGGUGUAUCCGAGCUGUCUAUUCAAGCGGAGCUGGAAAGACAAGGUUUGAUUGAAUCCUUGCUCACCGUUGCGAAAGGAAGAAAGCUUGGUGAGCAAGAGACCGCUCUCUCGGGUGUGUUUGGCAUCGCAGGGGCCUCGUUCGACGAGAAGAAACGAAGAUACCGACUUCUUCAAGAAGCAAUGGAGAGCGCUACAGGAGAUUCCGGCUCCAACGCUACCAAUACGACCUUGCGACCUGCUGAAUUUCCAAGCGAUAUGGACAUCAACUUUGGCUCUCCCGGUUUGUCCUUCGCGAGACAGGCGUAUCGAAUCGCCAACAUACCGGAAGGAAAUUACGCUGAUAUUGUGUGUCAAACUGCUGAUACAGGUGCGCUAGUUUUGAUCGAAGAAGUGGACGGACAAUCGAUCUUGACAAUGAUGACGUCAAGUCCGUUCCCAUCGGACAAUUUUGAAGCGGUUCAGUUGACUCCAAAAGGAUGGAAACUUGACAGCGUUGGAUUGAGUACCAGUCGCGAUCAUUUGUACCUUGGUUUUGCUCCAAUUGGAGAAAUCGUGGUAGUACCAGCGACUACUGCAGGAGUCACAGGCGUUAUAACAGACACUGAUCUGGAACAGAAUAAGGUGGGUGCCGAUGGCAUCUUUCUCAGUGUUUGGCCUGCACUCGAAUAUCGGCAACUUUACGACGAUGCUUGGAGAAUGCUGAGAGACUACUUUUAUGACCCCGAGAUGGCUGGCAUUGAUUGGCCUUCGAUCCACGAACGAUAUCUUCCAUUGGUUGCACGGUGCGGAAAACGUGAAGAGCUUGAUGAUGUUCUUAUUCAAAUGGCAUCUGAACUGAGUGCUCUUCAUGUCUUUGUCUAUGGUGGCGAGUAUGAACAGCCGCAGUUUUUGGAUCGGAAACUUCAGUCUGCUAGUGUGAUUGGAAGCUUUGGGGCACUAUUGAAGCGCACUCCAGAGUGGAAUGGUUACAAAGUAUUGUCGAUUCCUGAGCAUGAUCCUGAUUUCAACAUUGUAGACGGAUCGGAAGCAAUAUUCAGCCCGCUUCAUGAGCUGACACUGCGAUUGAGUGGACAACAAGGCCUUCAAGUUGGCGACAUCAUCGUCGGUGUUAACGGAGAGAGUGCAAUGAAGGUUCCAGAUAUCCAUAUGCUGUUACGUGGAAUGCAAGGGCGAAGCGUCCGUUUGGAUGUGUUAAGAUUGUCGUCUGGCGAAGCUUUGGUGGAUGGAUCAGAUGGCACCGCAGCUGAGACCACACCUUUGAUCACAGUCCCUCUUGCUCCAUAUCAAGCUGGUGCGCUACGGUACUCUGCGUGGGAGUGGAAAACAAGGCAACUCGCAAACACGUUGGCUGAGGAAGCUGGAUUUUCUGUUGGAUACGUCCACUUGCGUGAUAUGGUUGGUCCUGAAGCUGAGAAUGCUUUUGCUCGAGGCUUCUUCCCCAACUACGAUAAGGAGGCCUUCAUCCUCGACGUUAGACACAAUAAUGGUGGGAAUAUUGAUUCUUGGAUCUUGGAUAUUCUUCAGAAACAAGCAUGGAUGUAUUGGCAGAGCAGAGAUUUCGAUGUCACAAAUGGAGGAUUGGGUUGGGACCAACAGUUUGCAUUCCGUGGUCACAUUGUUGUCUUGAUUGACGAGAAGACUGCUUCCGAUGGAGAAGGCGUCUCCAGAGGAAUCUCAGAGCUAGGACUUGGUCGUUUGGUCGGUACCAGAACUUGGGGAGGUGGUAUCUGGCUCUCAUCAGACAAUCAUAUGGUUGAUGGUGGCAUUGCAACGGCACCUGAAAUAGGCACCUACAAUGAUAAAUUUGGAUGGGGGAUGGGAAUAGAACAAAUGGGAGUUGAACCAGAUGUUGUUGUCGACAAUGACCCCCAUCAAUCCUACAAUGGAAAGGACUCGCAACUCGAGCGUGCCAUUUCGGAGCUGAAGGACUGGCUCGAAAAGGAACCCGUGGUAGUACCGCAGCCACCAAAGAAGAAGAAGGACAUGACCAUGGGUGAUCGGGAAUGUUCAGCGAAGCGAAAGAGUAGUUAA